AUGGGGAAAGCUUCUCGGGACAAAAGGGAUAUCUACUAUCGAAAAGCCAAAGAAGAAGGAUGGCGUGCGAGAAGUGCGUUUAAGCUUCUUCAGAUUGAUGAAGAAUUCAACGUUUUUGAAGGAGUCAAGAGGGUAGUAGAUUUAUGUGCUGCACCUGGUAGCUGGAGUCAGGUCUUGAGUCGUCAAUUGUAUCUUCCUGCAAAAUCCUCAGCUGAGUCAAAAGAAGAUCUUCCUCUUAUAGUGGCCAUAGAUUUGCAGCCUAUGGCUCCAAUCGAAGGUGUCAUCCAGGUUCAAGGGGACAUAACUAAUGCUCGGACUGCCGAAGUGGUCAUUAGACAUUUUGACGGUUGCAAGGCUGACCUGGUUGUUUGUGAUGGUGCUCCAGAUGUUACCGGUUUGCAUGACAUGGAUGAAUUUGUCCAGUCCCAACUCAUACUAGCGGGCUUAACAAUUGUAACCCAUAUUCUUAAAGAAGGUGGAAAAUUUAUUGCAAAGAUAUUCCGCGGAAAAGAUACAAGUCUCUUGUAUUGUCAGCUGAAGUUGUUUUUCCCAACUGUAACUUUUGCGAAACCGAAAAGCAGCCGCAAUUCAAGUAUAGAGGCUUUUGCGGUCUGCGAAAAUUACUCCCCACCAGAAGGAUUUAACCCGAAAGAUCUGCAUCGUCUCUUGGAGAAAGUCGGAAGCCCUUCAGGUGGAAGCGAUCUUGAUUGCAGUAGUGGUUGGCUUGAAGGACCCAACAAAGUUUAUAUUCCAUUUUUGGCAUGUGGUGACUUAACCGGUUAUGACUCAGACCGGUCUUACCCACUCCCUAAAGAAGCAGAUGGAUCGUCGUACCAGAGUUUGGACCCGGUUCAGCCACCGAUCGCACCGCCUUAUAAACGAGCUCUUGAGCUCAAGAAAGCUUCAGCACAAAGCUUCAACACUUGA